CCCGCCAGUCCAGACCCGCGCAAUUCGGACGCCGCGCAUUAUCCCUGCUUGCUGCGAGUUGAGUCGCAGUCGUGGUUGUUCUUUCGUGCAUGCCAUACGCACCGACGAUAAUCGCAUGAGAAAGACGCAGUCAAAACAAACAUAAAGUGAAGUGUUAUCAAUCACACCGAGAACAACUCUAUCUGCAGCAAGAGAAAAGGAUAUUUUACGAGAGCAGCAUCAUGAGUGCAGAGAGCAAUAAGCGUCUUAAUUUGGAAAAAGCCACCAACUUCAUGCGGCAAUAUCGGGAUCCCGAGUCGAGGGAGUUGAAAAAAUUGUCAGCGAAUCAGUUCAUGGAGGUUUGGAGUCAUUAUGACAAAGAUGGAAAUGGCUACAUUGAAGGCACAGAACUUGACGGGUUUCUUCGAGAGUUUGUUUCCAGCGCCAACGCAACAGAUAUUUCCCCAGAGGCUGUUUCGGAUGACAUGCUCGUCGAAUUGAAAGCGUGUUUCAUGGAAGCAUACGAUGAUAAUCAGGAUGGAAAAAUUGAUAUUCGCGAAUUGGCGCAAUUGCUGCCAAUGGAGGAAAAUUUCCUACUGCUCUUCCGCUUCGACAAUCCCCUGGAAUCCAGCGUGGAAUUCAUGAAAAUAUGGCGCGAGUACGACACCGACGGCAGCGGCUAUAUUGAGGCAGACGAGUUAAAGAACUUUUUGAGGGAUCUGCUCAAAGAAGCGAAGAAAAUCAAUGAUGUUUCCGAAGAUAAGUUGAUUGAAUACACUGACACAAUGUUGCAAGUGUUUGACUCAAACAAAGACGGACGUCUUCAACUUUCGGAAAUGGCAAAAUUAUUGCCAGUUAGGGAGAACUUUCUCUGUCGUCAAGUUUUUAAGGAAGGAAUUGAAGGCGCUACUAAGCUGACAAAAGAUGAUAUCGAACGAGUUUUCUCCCUGUAUGACCGAGAUAACAAUGGAUCGAUAGAGAACGAGGAACUGCGCGGUUUCCUAAAAGAUUUGCUCGAGCUCGUUAAAAAGGAUUACGAUGCGCAGGAUUUGCUCGAUUUCGAGGAAACAAUUCUGCGAGGAGUCGACUACGACCAGGACGGAAAGAUUAAUCGUAAGGAACUGACGAUGAUUCUGUUGGCAAUCGCCAAGCACAAUGAGGAAGCCGCUGCUUAAUUGUUUCCGAACAUGACUUUAAUUUAAUUCAUCUGAUAUGCAAACAUUUCAUAUCACAUGUCAUAAUACUCGUAAAUCACAAGAGGCUAGCAAGGCAAGAAUGACACCAAAGAAACUAAAACUUGACGAACUAAUAUGAAAUUUAAACAAAUUGGAUGCAACACCAAAAACUCUAAGGAUAGCGAAAAAUUGAAAUUGUGAGCUAUUAACAAUCCUGCAUAUCAAUCAUUCAAAGUUGAUGCAUUAUUUGUGACGCAUUACAACUCAAUCAAUCAAUAAUCAGUAUUAUUAACGUUGAAUUAUUUAACGGAUAUAUUUUCGAAUGGUUAGACACGUUUAACGAGAUUGAUAUUGAAAGACGCACACAUUAUAACUUAAUGGACUUAAAAAUUAACAAAAAAUCGUAAUUUACACACAAAUAACCUAAAAAAAAACAUGAAUAAUGCUAGAAGUUUCUUCGUAGCUAUACAAAACUUAUGCCAACUUCAAUAUACUUCAACUAUUACCAAAUUAAAAACUUUUAAAAGCUUUUACACACUGUUAUGUUAAUAAUUGUGAGAUGAAAGUUGCAUAGGCAACCCAAAUUACACUUUUAACGAACUCGUAUGUAAAAGCUGUUAUAAACUAUAAACUACUUAUUAGAUAUUUGAUAUAAACAUUUAGUGAUGUAAAAUUCAACAAGGCUUUGACAUGUAUUGUGUACUGAUUGAAAUGAUCAUAUCAAAAACGAAACUGAUUUUACUUAGUUGAAUAUCGCCUUUCAAUCGCAAUUAGUUGUGCUUGAUAAUGAAGAUUUAAAGAUUUAAAGUAUUUGUAUAGUGCGAUUAUGACCGAGUUACUAAUUGGACAUAUCUGUGAAAUUGUGACAUUUUCGCGUAUAUUUUUGCUACAUUCUCAGCGCAUUGUUUAGUUAAGUAAUUUUAAAAGAGAUUAAUAUGUUUAAAGCAGCACGGCCUAAUCGUAAAUGAUGUUCAACGUCGCUUUUAUGCUUUGCGUGUAUACAACCAUAUGACUAAACGAACGAAAUCAUUUAGAUGAUAUGUGAAAGAAAGAAAUUGAAUUUAAUGACAAAAAUGUGAGGAUAACCUUCCUAAUUCGUCCAGUUUUGCAUAUCUUAGACAUUUUUCAUGUUGUUUUCAUUGAAUUUGACAUCAAUCAACUCAGUAACAAUCAUUUUUGGAGUAUUGAAGAGUAAAAACAAAGAAAAACACGAAAUAAACAUUAAAAUGUUUUUGGUUUUGAGUAUGUAAUCAAGAUGGCGCUGCUGGUAUGAAAAAAACAUUUUAAUGUUUAUGAUGGGUGUGUAAGUUAGUAUAUUUAGUUGAUAAAAAGACAAAUGUUCAAUCACUUGACUUGACUUAUUCGUGCUCUAUCUAUCGGACUUUAACUUUAUAUAACAAGUUGCCAAAGACUAUAUUUACGAAAAUGAUACUUAACGACACUUAUUGAUAGCUUAAAUAUGCAAAUAUCUAACUAACUGUUUGCAAAACUCUUUCGAAUCUUCUCUUUCUCCUAACGCAAUGUUUUCUACACUUUGAAGAUAUUGCCACUAAUAAUUUAAAAGACAACCCAGUUUGUUUUAAAUGCAAGAGAUAUAAACAUAAAUAUUUAUUACAAACAGAGUGUUUAAAGAUGUUUAUCGAUGUUAUACGAAACGAAAUAAAGACGAAGUAUAGAAUAAUAUUCAACGUGCAUGCUGUUGGCGUUUACGACAAUUUUAAAACGUUUCAAAUUGGAGAUACAAACUUUAAGAGGUCGAUAUAUGCAGUUAUAUACACGUGUAAAGUGCAAAACAUUGUUGUUAACAAUAAAUAUAACUUAUAAAUGUGUGAAAA